AUGUGUGCCACAGCCAUCGCCUCCUCGCGGAGCAAGUCCCGCAAGGCGCACUUCUCCGCGCCCUCCAGCCAGCGCCGUAUCUUGAUGUCGGCCCCUCUCUCGAAGGAGCUGCGCCAGGAGAAGAACGUCCGCGCCAUCCCCAUCCGUGUUGGCGAUAUCGUCACGAUCACCCGCGGUUCCCAGAAGGGCCGCGAGGGCAAGGUCACCUCGUCCUACCGUCUCAAAUUCGCCAUCCACGUCGAGCGUGUUGUCCGCGAGAAGACCAAUGGCCAGAGCAUUCCCAUCCCCAUCGCCCCCUCCAAGGUCGUUAUCACCAAGCUCCACAUGGACAAGGACCGUGAGGAGAUCCUCGCGCGCAUCGCCAAGGGCCGUGAGGCCGUCCAGAGCAAGUCGGCUUAA